CAUUGCAAAGAGAAGAGGCUCGCUCCGCCAAACAUUACAUAACAACUUGGAGAUAAGGGGCUGGUGUCAUUGGCAACUUGGACUUAGGAGAAGAAGGAGGUGUAGGCAGGUGGUGGAUCUUGGUGACUCUCACAUCCACAUCACUUGGACUUAAGUUUAGAGGAACUUCUUCGUAGGAGACAUUCACUUUCUGUACCUUCUGUAGAGAAGAGUUACAGAGGGUGAGGAAGAUGUUGUUACGGACUUUCCUCCUUUCUGUGAUAAUUCUUGGAUUUGUGAUACAUCAUACGGACGCCAGAGGAGUCCUUACAAUCCGACUUUUUAGUUUCGAGAACCAUAAAGGCCGUACCUACGAUGGAAGCUGCUGCGAUCAGACCGCCAAAAGCGGUAACACCUGCCCCGAUCAGUGCGAUUACGUCAUGAGGCUCAUCAUCUCAGGGCUUGGAAGGGCGAAUGACCAUGUAUUCCUCUUCCACCGACCUCUGAAAUAUGAUGCCAAUGACAUUUCGUUCCAAGAUGAAGGGACCGACAUGGUCCUCACUAUUCUCUUCGAUGAAUGGCCUAACAUGGGUCAUGUGAAGAUGAACGUGUUCUUCUACGACUACGACGACUACGACCACACGACACUGUUAGUGGAUUGGUUCGAAAAUGAGCUGAGCAGAACUGUCGAGAAAGGGCAUUUUCAGAAGGCUGUCGCACAAGGCAACCGGCAGUCAGACAAAACAUCGCUUGAAUUCGAAUGGUCCGUCCAUUGCUUCACCGCUAACGACUGCCUCCAACCUCCCCCAGAAUGGAAAAGUUGGCCCUGGGACAGAAAGGAACAGGAAACUAAACCUGGCCUCUACAUUCCAAAGAGCACAUCCGAGAAGACGCCGCAUCCAACUACUACACUUGAGCUGACGAAUGAUUCCCAUACUCUGCAGUGGAAGAAUGGUGAAUGGAAGAAAUCACACAACACCGACGAAGGUACCGGAGCUGACAAUCACGACUUCGAUGCCCCCGCUAUUGGAUCAAGAGACGAGAAGUACAGAAAUGUAAGACGGAAGGUGUAUGGCACAUCUGAAAAGACAACUUCCAUGUACGAGGGCAUCAGUGCAAAGGCUGUAACAAACAUUGCUAUUGCUCCUGUCGCCGCAGACGCCCAUAGAUCAUGGCCAGCAUCGCAAAAUGUAAAGGGGCAGUCACAGCAUAAAGGAAAUGCACUGAAGACAUCUAUAAAGUCAGGAACAAAAGUGAACAGGCAGGGAUUUCGGAAUCCUUACACGAGGCCAUCCAAUAGCAGAGGUUUCGUAAAAAAAGUUACCCCUGCCGUGGGUAAACACGGAGAAGACGCUAUAAAGGUAUCCAGUGUACGUAAAAGUAAAACAAAAAAUCAGCAUACCACUGACGUUAAUACCAUCCGUCCCCAUAACGUCAAAGCGAAGAAGAAGUCAGGCUUGGCAAUCAAGCAUGGUAUUUCACCAUUCAGCAAGCCAAAUGAAAAUGACUCUAGUGCCAGGAAACAGAGCGUACGUUACAUGACAUCAACUACUGAUGCGUCGAUGGCACCAAAUUAUUACUCAACUGGCCGUUCUAGACAACCUAUAUCCUUGGGAAAGACGCCCGUUCCAAAGACACGUACAUUUAAGGAUGCUGUAACAAACCAGGCUGUUAUAUCAUCUGAUAAACCAGUUGAUAGAUCUACAAUUGCACCAUCAUCAACAAGACGCAAUCCUUAUCACACUUUCAAAACAGCCAGUUGGAAGUGGAUACAUCAUUCAUCAACAGUGACAAGCACCGAUAGACUACCUCAUACCUCCUCCAAGCCCCAAGGUGCUACAACCACGACUCCAUCAUAUACAAGGAAAAACAUUAAAGGCCACACAACAGGAACAAUGUUGAAGAAACCAGUUACUACAGCAUCUACAAAGGCAUCUGGCCAAGUGAAGAAAGCUAAUACAGUCAAACAGAGUCCAUGGAGAAAACCAACCAAAGCAACGAAGCAACCUCAAGAUACAUCAGCUGUAACUGAAAAGAAGCAAUUCUUCCCAAAAGAUAAGUGGCAAACCCAGUCUACAAAGAAGUCUUGGGCAAAGAAACAUGAAAUACUCUCGCCUAGUACCCAGUCCUAUUUCUGGCAUGCGUCAACAACUGAUAAGCAUCGUAAAGAACACACAAGAAAAACUAAGACUGUUACAUCAUACAAAGACCAACACACUACUAGAACCUAUGUUUGGCGUGGUUCGUCUCGUAAACCAAGACGCAAGGCUGCUCCAACUGUUCCCACUCAAAAUGUAACACCAUCUUUCAAAGAUCAAACAACAAGGAAACGGUUCGGCGAGAGAAAGAGAAAAUAUUUCAGUGGUGCCCUAAAGAACAGAUAUGAACUUAUGUAUGAAGCUGAACAUGAAAACAAGGAAGACAAAGCUAAACCAAUGGUUCGUUUACCAUCCAAAACGACAGAGAGGGGUGGCUCAAAAUCAAUCUAUGUUCAACCAACCACAAAACCUAAACCAAAAAAGACAGAAAGGAAGGCAAUCCCCGCAGUUGUUGUUGGACAUAUAUCAAAACAAAAGGUAUCAACACAAAGGCCACAGUCUGAAAAUCAUUCCAAGGCAACAGCAAUGUCUACUAAGAUUACACAGUCCAUUCGCAAAAAUGCGCCCAGAAGACCAUUUCAGCCGUGGUCCAGUUCUGUAACAGAACAAACAGAACCUGUUUCUACUACAGCGAAGGCAAUAACAUCAAAUAUAGCAAGAAAAACACUCAUGGAUAAUAUUCGUAAAACGAAAACAUCUUCAUCGCCUAAUGUUCAAGCAGUCACUACACGAGCAUUUCAAUCAUGGGCUGCCUCAAAGUCAACAAAACAAAGUACCCAGACACAUCCACCUACAACCAAACGUAUGAAAUCUACCUCAUCUGUGCGCCCCUCUGAAAAGGUCCCCUCUGUAAGCAGUCCCUUCAAGCCGACAACACAGACAGUUAAGGUUCAAAUAACAACAAAGCCCAGUUUGACCAAACCAACUGUAGAAACGGUGUCUCAUAUGAAGAAGAAAAGUCCAUACACACCACCAAAAUCGACCACAGGAAGCAAUGGGAAGAACAUGCACAGAACAGUCAGACCAACUGUGAAACCUCUCACAGCCACUGUCAAUAGUCCCUUUGCACCUGUAAAACCAUCAAAGGAGACAGAGGUGCAAGAAGAUAUGCUGAAGGAUCUCAAAAGCAUGGUCCAAAGUAAUAUGAAGAAAAUGAUAACUGAUGAUACCAAUUUGAAAAUCCGCCAACACACCAAGAAACCCAAAAAUACAACCCUAACAAGAAGCAAUAUUAAAAUUGAAGAAUCUCCAUUCAAAACAACCAAAGUCGUUAUUGGGAAUGGUGAGACUUCUACACAAAUGUAUCCCUCAACAACAAUGAAACAAAAAUGGUGGGAAUGGCAGACAACAAAGGCCGUGGGAGUAACAACCUCUAGAUCAGCACCAUGGACUCACUUUACACGAUGGUGGCAGAGACCACAGACUGUUCCAACCCUGCCACCUCUGAAAGUCUUACCAGCUGGUGUGAAUGAAGGAAAGGUAUUAGAUGUUGUUGAUGAGUACAAAAGAAUGAAGAUUAAGACACAGAAGACGAAACAGUCAAAGAUCAGCCACUCCCUGAUGAAGAAGGUACCCACUAGCUCAACCAAAUCACAGAAGACUCCUAAAUCAAAGGCAAAAGUCAAUCCAUUUGUGAAGCUGAGAUCUACAACAAUGUCUCACCCGACCCACGGCACUACCCGAACAACAAACAAGCCCCAAACAACACACAGGAGAAGGGUGAAUCCAACUACAAAGAAACUUGUCAGUAUAACAGAAACUCCUAAGAAAGCUGCCCCUGUAGUGACGGCAUCAACACCGAAAUAUGUUCCCACAACCAGAAGGAACAGACAUAAAGGCACUCGAAUAGUGUCAACCAAAGUUACUAAAGUUUCUAAAUCAGGAAAAACAACAUCUGAGAAAAUUGACAAAACUACUCAGAUGAGUGGAUGGAACCCCUUCACUGAGAAGACAAGCAAACAAUUUACAACCCGUUUUCAUACCACUGUAACACCUCAGCCAGACAGCACAAAGAUCACAAGGUGGGGGAUACGGAAGCCAGGGAUGAGAAACAAAGCUCAAUCCGCAGCUCCCUCAAAACGGAUCACAGACAAGCACAACCAAAUGACUGGACAUCCAACUACUGGCUCUCCAAGAUGGGGAAAACUGAAACCUGCAGUCAAGAAACCAUCUCCUAUUGAAAGCCCCUUCAAGAAAGAAACGUUAUCAACCUUAAAAGUUCAGAAUACACAGUAUCCCCGAACAACAAGAUGGGGGAAAUGGAAACCAACCACAAUCACUCCUAAACGUACAGAUAACGGACAAAGAAAGAUAUCUAGGCCUAAAAGUAACAUUAAGGAACCGUUGAAUAUCAAAACCUUCAACAAUAGGCAUACUACUACACCACCACAUUUUGACACAUCAAGAAAUACAAGAAAAUGGCGUUAUAUUACUGGAGAGAAAAAUGUCCACAAAGGAAAGACAACUAAUAUAUGGGAAGGAUUGAUGAGCACAAGAAUAAUUACUAGCAGAAGAACAAUCCCAAUGGGACCAGCACCAACCCAGAAAACACCUUUCCAACUGAAGAAUUUGAAUAAAUUGAAGAACUGGGAAAGAGAUAACCAAUCAAAGAAGACAGUUUCGCAACCAAAGAAAAAUGAUUCUGGACAAAACAUUAGACACAACCCGCGAGGUCAACAUACUACAAGAAGAAAUUAUGCACCAACGCGCAUGCCAGUUUUGCGCAGCACGUCAAGAAAAGUCACCCGCUGGUGGCAGAGAAGGACAUCCUCAGCUUCUCAGACUGUGAGGACGACAGCAGCCAAGCCAAAAUUCAGAAAAGUUACUCUUCCCCCUUCAGUGAAUAGAUCGACAAGGUGGUGGAAACGAAUAAAUCGAAAAGAAACGCCAAGAACAACACCUGCAACCUUUGUUGGUACAUCUACUGGGGCAUCAAGUGGCAGGAACACUGUAUAUACCCUCAGACCAACACGAUGGUGGCGGAGAGUGAAGACCACAACUCCAACAGUUUCGUCCACAGAUGGUGAUAUACCUGAAUCACGUUUAACGCCCAUACCAACAAAUGCACCAACUAAGACCUGGCAGAGGAGGAAAGGAAAUGACAAAACUACUGUUGAAACAAACUCGGGUAGAAAAUCAGUAUUUACCAAACCUGACUCUAAGAAGUUUGCAAGAUACACUGGGCGUCCAACACGAUUUUGGCAGAGACGAACCACCACUGCAAACACUGAAUCUCCUUCAACCAAAUUGUGGAAGAAGAAAACUGAAAGUGUUACUAAACCAGCAAAUGCUAUGUAUUCAAAACAUAGCACAAGGUCCUGGAGAAGAAGAACCACCACCCAAUCAAUGCCGACUUCCAGAUCAAAAACAGUGAUCACUUCAUCUAUCUUCACACCAAAGACAAGACCGUCGUGGGGAAGACAUACCAGAAAACCAAUUGUGUUCCAAAAGACAUCUCCAUCCUCAACCAAGACACUGAAUACCAAAUCACCCUUGCAGGAAUCUGAAGAAAAGAACAAGAACUCAAAAUCAGAUGUGUGGUCAACAAUCUCAGCAAUGAAGGGUAUGGAUGCAACAUCUAAAUAUGAUAGAACCACAAGAAGAACAACACCGACAAAAUCAUGGCAACGGAAGAUGCAAACAACACAAACAGUGACGACAACGAAACCACUGACAAAAUCAGGGCAAGGAAGAACACUACGAAAAUAUCCAUCCACAACAAUGAAACCUGUGACACAAUCCUGGCAACGGAGAACACAAAGAAAGCUUAUAAAGACAACCACAAAACCACAGACGAAAUCAUGGCAACGGAGGACAAAGACGAAUCAUAUGAGCACAACAACAAAACCACAGACGAAAUCAUGGCAACGGAGGACAAAGUCGAAUCAUAUGAGCACAACCACAAAACCACAGACGAAAUCAUGGCAACGGAGGACAAAGACGAAUCAUAUGAGCACAGCAACAAAACCGCAGACGAAAUCAUGGCAACGGAGGACAAAGACGAAUCAUAUGAGCACAACAACAAAACCACAGACGAAAUCAUGGCAACGGAGGACAAAGACGAAUCAUAUGAGCACAACAACAAAACCACAGACGAAAUCGUGGCAACGGAGGACAAACACGAAUCAUAUGACCACAACCACAAAACCGCAGACGAAAUCAUGGCAACGGAGGAACUGGGCAACAACAGCAAUAAUACCACAGACAAAAUCAUGGCAACGGAGGAAACUCACAACCCCUGAAACAGCACGAACACGGCCAGUGACUGUGAAGAAGACGAAACACCACACCACAACUCAUCAAUCUGCCACGAAAUGGUGGGCAAGGAGAAGAACCACAAAUGUUCCUGAGACAACUUCAAAAACAGAUUCUCGAAAUAAUGGCAAAUCAUCCGAUGCAUUUACCAAAACGAAACACAUGUGGACAACCGUGCCACUGCCAGAUGCAAAGAAGGGUAGAGGUGUUGUCACCACAUCAAAAAUUGACAAAACAACUGAUAAAAUGAAGGGAUGGAACAUAUUUGAAUUUCUUCCUGAAGUUCUCAGUAAGAUGUACAGUGGUCAAUCAGUAGAAGAAAUGAAAAAAGAGAAGAACAGUUUUUCUAUUACUUCAGCUGCUGCAGGUGCAACCCCAAAUCCAAAGCAAAUUCCGAAGUCUACACCAGCUGUCGUCACAACUCGACCUUUGAUUGUAGUCAAUCACGACACCAAGAAAAAUGCAUUGAAACCCUGGGAGAGGAGCAAGAUGUUGAAAACGUUGAUGCCAACAACCAUGACUCGACUACAUGGUGGCCGAUCUACCACCCAAGUGCAUCAGCGGACGUCGUAUAGAACAAGUACAUUACCUACCAACAGAGGCAGGAAUUCUAGUACCAGACAGCACAUAACCUCUACAGCUAGACCUAAAGAUGUUUCAAAGGUGAAGCAGACAGGUAUCAACCAUACAACUGUCAAAGGUGAUAGAUCUACAAGCAGAAAAGGUAUCCAGACUGAGAGUCGUUUAAACAUCAAGAAACUGACAUCAACGACGAGAGGAAGUAAUGUUCACUUCAAAACAACACAGAAAACUCCACAUGUAACAAGUACAAGAAGAAACGGAGGUAUUAAAAUAGGAACCACUACCAAAAGAGCCAUGAAGCCUUUGUCAACUACACCACAACCAACAAGAAAAACAACAACAAGAAGAUCUUCAACCACUCAGGGAAAGGCAACAUCAAAUAUUAAGCCACCAUCAAAGAAGAAAACAACAUUAAGCAGUAUACUGAAGACGACAACAAAGCCAGUGAAGAUAGAUUUGACCCUGCCGAACUGGAUAUCUUUGCCAACUAAGAGAGAAACGACAACCAAGGGCAUGAAAAGCAAAAAGAACAACAAGAACAACAAGAACAACAAGAGCAACAAGACUAAAAAGACGAAAAAUAUUCAGAAAAAGAAGACACAAUCUAAAACAACAGUAGCGCCGACCAAGAAGGUAGCUACAACAAAGAAGACACCUCAGAAGACACCGAAGGGUAAGCCUGUCAUUGCAAAACCCAAAAACGUAAAGAAGAAGUUUGACUUGAAGGCACUUAUGAAGAAGAAAUUCGAUGCAAAGAAGAAAGCAGAUGUGAAGAAAAAAACAAAUGCAAAGACGGAAACAGAUCCAAAGAAAAAAGAUGGUAAAAAGAUUGGCAUAAGUGUUGAUACAAAGAAACCUGUAGCGAAGAAAAUUGACACCAAGAAGACGAUAAUUUCACGGAAAAUAGUGCCAAAGCCUACAGUGACACUAUUAAAUAAGACUUCCGACAAAGGUCCUAGAGUUAUUGUUCCAAAUGAUGGAUUGUUUGUGCCAGGACCAACAAAAAUAGUAAAAAUAGUGACAUCUCAAAAAGAUGAAAAUGGGACAAUAACAGAAGAAGAGGUAUUUGUAGCAAUACCAUCAAAUUCUGAAGCUCAGCAGAUAGGGCUUCAAGUGAAAAGACUCAAUAUACAGACUGUGUUCAACCGGUACUGGCCGGCCAUCUUAGGUCUGACGAUAGGCACAGUGUUUCUUGUGGCAGCCGUUCUCACAUCAGUGGCAUGCAGAGCUCAAAGAUUAUAUGUCCAGCGAUCUCGGUACAACGACCAGCCCCAACAUCUGACAGAGCCCCCGGACACCAGCGAAUACUCGUCCUCCGCCGCGUCGCUCGUGUCGGACGCGACGCGGUCGUCAAUACGCUUGUAGCACUGACACUACGUCAUGUCAGCAAGUGUGUGUAUAUGUGUGUGUAUGUGUGUGACAGGUGUAUGUUACGCGUAAAUGUACAUAUAAGAAUGACAGAGUAAAUGGAAUUGUGAAAUAAACUGUGAAUACUGUAGCACUGUAGCCAAAGGCAUCUCUACCCUUGCUCAACCUAUCUGAUAUUGAUGCUGUACAUGCUAUACGAUUAUUGUGUAAAUUAUGACCAUGGAAAUAAGAAUGAAAUGCGAGCUUACAUGUACAUUAAGCGUGUGACUGGUUCAAUAUAACAUUGUACAUCUUUUAAGGUAUUAUGUAAUGAAAUGAAUAAAUCUGCUUAGUCAGCGCUGUUGAUCAUAAUUAUUCUGAAAUGGACGAAUCCGGUGUAUAUUUCAACAGAAGAGAUUACUGAGAGAGUUUUCAACCAGUAAUGUAUGUAAAUGUAUGUAGAUAUGUACAUGCCAACUACCUGUGGGGUUACCACAAUAAGAUGAUAUGCAGUUGCCGUAUUCAUCAAUGACUAAAUGUAAAUACCAUGUCCAUCAAAGUGUAAAUAAGGAUGAAAAUGUAUUUUUGAAAAUAAAGCUUUUCUUG